AUGGAGCACGCUUUUUUUGUUGUGCAGGACUAUCAGGUAGCCGCCGUGGUCAUUUUUGCCCCUUCUGCUGUUAUCAAGAUUGCCUUUAUUGGCACAAUAGCAAAUGUGAUCGUUGCCACAACUUCACAAAGAAUUCUAUCGAUGCGGAACUCAUUUGGAUUACUCAUGACAAGUCAAUCAACGGCUGAGAUAGCAUUCUGCGCCAUAUUUGCAUUUUAUUUUUCUCCCAUGGUGUUUUUCAGCAACGAAGUCUUAAAAGGGAUCUCACAUCGCUUUGGCAUGGUUUUACUAAUGUGUUAUGAUAUAUGCAUAUUUUCUCAUUUGUUUAUUGCGCUCAACAGGAUGUGCGCUAUAUGUCUACCUUGGAAAUACGAUAGAUACUUUAGUCGCAACCGUACCAAAAUCCUCAUUGUUAUUUGUUGGUUCGUAUCUAUAACAAGAUGUUUGAUCUCCUAUGGUUACAAUGAUUGCGAUCUCGUUUAUGAAGGGAGCAUAUGGGCGUAUUUAUUUACUGUAACAGAGCAAUGCAAAUUUAUUUCUAAAUACCUUGAUUUCUACAAAGAUGUAAUACUUACAACACUGAUUGCAAUAAUUGAUCUUAUAACCGUUAUCAAAGUACGCACGACAAGAAAGCAGCUGCGCCAACCAGGCGGAGAGAGUUCCCGUCGCAAAAAAGAAAUCAACUUUUUGAAACAAGCUAUUCUGCAAGGACUCGUAUUCGCUAUUGAGUUAUUCACAUAUUUCUACUUAUCGUUACAUGUUCAAAAUCGAUGGCUAAUUUUUGCUUGCACAACAGUGGCAUGGAAUCUGGUGCACUGCACAGAUGCGCUAAUCGUCAUUGUGUUUAAUAGUGAAUUCAGAAAGCUAUUAGCAUCCCCGAGGAACAUUUUCAAAAGUGUCAUAUAUGGUCAAACUACCGCAUCAACAGCAAUGGACCACUCGGUUUCGAAGCACUAAUUAUAUCUACCUGACCUCAUACAACACGAAA